UUGAGGCGCGCUCACGUCAGCCUGCUCGUUCCCGCGCUGUGCAGUGGACACGCGCUCUCGAGGGAAACUGGCUUUUGCCGAAUUAGUUUGUUAGAUUCGUGCACUGUGUGAAACAGCGUGAAGAAGUGCGACAGUGGCAUAAGUUUGCAAUGAAAACCGGACAGUGAGGCUCGUCAGCGGCUGGUUUGAUUGGGUCAGAUGGAGAGUUCGUACGGGGGUCGUCCCAAACACACUGCAGUUGGAGAGUCGGGCAGCCGGUCCGUGAUGAAGAGGAAGAGCGCGCACAAGCACAAACACACACACCCCGUGGGCCCGGCCUCGUGUCCCGGUGGCAGUGUGGUGGGCUGUCGGAUCCGGCACCGCUGGAGGGAGGACGGCUCCGGCCCGCAGUCGCGCUGGACCGGGACGGUUCUGGUCCAGGUGCCGGUCAACGCCUCCCUCUACCUCGUCAAGUACGACGACGUGGACUGUGUGUACGGCCUGGAGAUCUUCCAAGACCCGCGGGUCCAGGAUCUGGAGGUUCUGCCCGGGGAGAUCGCCUCGUUCCGGGUCAGCGACACUCGUCUGGCGGACCGGCUCCUGGGGCGGCCCGUGGUCCACCUGUUCGAGACGGACGCCGGGUCCAAGGACGAGUGGAGGGGGCUGGUUCUGGCCAGAGCUCCCAGCAUGCCUGCGUGGUUCUUCAUCACCUACGAGAAGGACCCGAUGCUGUACAUGUACCAGCUGAUGCAGGACUAUAAAGACGGAGACCUGCGCAUCCUCCCAGAGUCCGAGGAUCCGGCUGAGGUCCGGGAGCCGGGAGAGGUCAGCGAGUCGCUGGUGGGGAAGCAGGUGGAGUGCCAGAACGCCGAGGGCACGCAGAGGAUGGGGACGAUCAUCCAGCAGGUUCAGGCCAAACCCUCCGUCUACUUCAUCAAGUUCGACGACGACUAUCACAUCUACGUCUACGACAUGAUCGGAUCGUGAGGCGUCCUCGUC